AUGCCGGCCCAUGGUUUACCGCUGCUUGCUUGGCUGCUGUGCGCCUGGUCGUGUGCGUGUGCGUGCGCCCGUGUGCCUGUGUGCGCCUAUGUGAGGCGUCCCACCCUUCUCGACGACGCAUCCACGGCCCUCGCAAGAAAAAAAAAGAGUCAGGCCCCUUGCUGGUUGGCGUAUGACCUAGGAGCGCGGGCCCCUUGCUUGAGAUGUAUGACUCGCCAAGAGCUCGGGGACUCCCGUCGCGCUGUGAUCUACGAGCCUUUAAUUAUCGACACGGCUGCUGCAACGAGCCUGUCCUGGCGCGCGCGCGCGAGAGAGGGGAAGGCAAGGGAAGGGCACGGAGGGCAGGAGUGGGAGAGGGGGACGAGGACAGCCAAGGACAUGCCUCCUCCUGCCUCGACGGCUGCUCCUGCCACUGCCACUGCCACGCCCAUCGCUCCUGCUGCUCCUGCUGCUGCUCCUGCCGUUGCUCCUGCCAUCACCACCAUCGCCACCCUCCCCCUUCUCACCCCCGUCCCUCUUCAUCCUCAUCCCACCCCAUCUCCAUCACUACUCCAAUUCUGCUACCUCCGCCGCCGCCGCCGCCGCCAAACAAAAAUACAGCCGCACCUGCUUGUGCUCCUCGCCCCCCCAUGGCCGCCGCUCCGCCCGGGCUCGUCUCGCCUCGCCGUCCCCAGUGUCGAGCCCGUCGAGCCCGCGCCAGUGCCACAUGCCAGCGCUUGGUCCUGCCGCCGCGCGCAAAUGGGCGCACGCCUGCAAGGAAAGUGGCACAGUAGUGCCAGUCGUAGUGGGAGCACCUCGGGCCUCUUGAAUCGUCGACGGGCCGUCUCUGCGCCCUUCCUUGUGUCGCGUCCUUUGCGAGGCACCUAG